AUGGCUCCGAAUCCCUUUUUGCUGGCUGCAGACAACAGCCCGUCUCUUCUUCCUCUACUGAGACAGAAUCCAGAGAUUGCAAAGUCCCAAGACGAGCACGGCUACACGUUGGUCCACGCUGCUGCGAGCUACAACCACCUCGAUCUCCUUCGGGCAUUGAUCAAUGAAUUACAAGUCGACGUCAACAUCACGGAUGAGGACAACGAAACCGCUCUUUUUGUGGUAGAGACAGUUGACGCGGCAAAGGCCUUGGUUGAGUUUGGCGUCGAUAUCCAGCACAGAGGUCUCGAGGGUCUCACUGCCGCAGAAAAAAUCGAGAGUGAGGCGGACUUCCCAGAUGUGGCGAUUUUCCUAAACUCUCUCAACUCUGGGCAAACCCCCCGGCAAACCAGCUCGGGUGCCACUGCAGUGCCAUCCGGCCUUCCACUCCCUCCGGACGGCAUGCAAGUUACGUUUGGGGCCGUGGACGAAGCGGAGGUCCCUACCGAGGUGGACCAGGAGUUUCAGCGCCGCAUCGAAGAGUUUGCCCAGCGAGAUGACUUCAAAACACCAGAGGGUCAAGCGGAACUUAGAAAACUUGUUGAGGAUGCUAUUACGGAUCAGGGCUUUGGUGAGGAGAGGGGCACCAAAACGAAGCGAGUAUGA